AUGAAGCGUCAACAAUGCUUUAAGGUGGUAGAAACUUCUGCAUCUACAAUAGAAGCUGAAAUUGUUAACGAUGGAGAAACUGAUCAAGAAACUAUCAAUGAAAAUAAUGUAAUAGAUCAAGAAAUAAGUCAAGAAAAUGAUGAGGAAAUUGACCAACAUAUAGAUCAAGAAAAUGAUCAACAAAGAGAUCAAGAAAUUGAACAAUUAAAAACUGAAAAAAAUAUAAAUUUUAAUGAGGAUUCUAAAUGGACAAAUCAGCAAAAAUGUGUCUAA